UUUUUCAAGGGAACUUCUCGCUUCUCACUCCCUCUUCACACUAUUUAAACAAAAAGACUCCCCCGCCACCCUCUGCAACCGGAUAAGAGAGAGAGGAAAACUAAAUGGCAGCUCUCCUUCCCAACCAUCAUCCCAUGCCACCUCCUAGCAAACACUCACACAUCCUAACUCCCAUUUCUAUGAAUAAUUCUCCUCUCUUAUACCCAAGAAAAACACCUGGAAACGCUUUUGCCAUGCUGCCAACCAGAGGCUCCAAAGUGGAGGAGAAGAGAAGUAGUAGGAGGAAGAAAUCCCAAUUUAAAGAGGAUGAUUCUUCUGUUUCUUCAUCAGUGGAGAGAGGGCUUAGGUUUGCUUUCAUGGAGGCUUUAAUGGACAGGGCCAGAGCUGGUGAUGCAGCUGGAACAGCUGAAGUUUUGCGUGAUAUGGUGGCUGCAGGGUUAAGCCCGGGCCCUAGGUCUUUCCAUGGUCUCAUUGUUUCUCAAGUUCUUAAUGGUGAUGAAGAAGGAGCGAUGCAAUCCUUACGUAUGGAACUAAGUGCUGGUCAUCGCCCACUACAUGAAACUUUCAUUGCAUUGAUUCACUUGUUUGGCUCGAAAGGCCUCUCAGUUAAAGGUCAGGAAAUUCUUGCUGCCAUGGAGAAGUUGAACUAUGACAUCCGCAAGGCAUGGCUAACACUUAUUGAGGAGCUAAUUCGAAAUGGUCAUCUCGACAAUGCAAACAAGGUAUUCUUGAGGGGUGCAGAAGGAGGAUUAAGAGCCACUGAUGAACUCUAUGAUCUUCUUAUUGAGGAGGAUUGUAAAGCUGGCGAUCAUUCCAACGCUUUAACUGUUGCUUAUGAAAUGGAGGCGGCAGGAAGAAUGGCAACUACGUUCCAUUUUAACUGUCUUCUUAGUGUACAAGCAACUUGUGGGAUUCCAGAAAUAGCCUUUGCAACAUUUGAAAACAUGGAAUAUGGAGGAGAAGAUUUCAUGAAACCUGAUACAGAGAGUUACAAUUGGGUGAUUCAAGCAUACACUAGAGCUGAAUCCUAUGAUAGGGUUCAAGAUGUUGCAGAAUUGCUAGGAAUGAUGGUUGAAGAUCACAAGCGCUUGCAGCCAAAUGUGAGGACAUAUGCGCUAUUAGUAGAGUGCUUUACCAAGUAUUGUGUCUUAAAGGAAGCUAUACGGCAUUUUCGUGCACUAAAAAAUUUUGAAGGUGGGACACGAGUUUUAUGCAACGAAGGAAACUUUGGUGAUCCUCUUUCACUGUAUCUUCGAGCUUUAUGCAGGGAAGGAAGGAUUGUGGAAUUGCUUGAGGCUCUAGAAGCAAUGGCUAAAGACAAUCAGCCAAUUACCCCAAGAGCUAUGAUAUUGAGCAAGAAAUAUCGCACUCUAGUGAGCUCUUGGAUUGAGCCUCUUCAAGAAGAAGCAGAGUUGGGAUUUGAGGUUGAUUACAUAGCGAGGUAUAUAGCAGAGGGGGGUUUGACAGCAGAGCGCAAGCGGUGGGUGCCUCGCAGGGGAAAAACCCCACUAGAUCCUGAUGCGAUUGGUUUUGCUUAUUCUAACCCAAUGGAGACAUCUUACAAACAAAGAUGUCUUGAGAACUUGAAGGUGCACAACAGGAAGCUUUUAAAGAAACUGAAGUAUGAAGGACGUGCAGCUUUAGGGGAUGUUUCUGAAGCUGAUUAUGCUAGAGUAGUUGAAAGAUUGAAGAAAGUCAUCAAAGGACCUGAUCAAACUGCUCUAAAGCCAAAGGCUGCUAGUAAGAUGAUAGUUUCUGAAUUAAAGGAGGAAUUGGAGGCACAAGGUUUACCUACCGAUGGAACCAGGCAAGUUCUCUACCAGAGAGUGCAAAAGGCUAGGAGAAUAAACCGUUCACGAGGUCGUCCCCUUUGGGUUCCUCCAGUGGAGGAAGAAGAAGAGGAGGUCGAUGAAGAAUUGGAUGAAUGGAUUUCAAGGAUCCGGUUAGAAGAGGGCAACACAGAGUUUUGGAGAAGGCGUUUCCUUGGGGAAGGUUUAGGUAGUGUUCCUGACAAGAAGAUUGAAUUAGAAGAUUUGGAUACUUCCAACACAUUGGAUGAUAUUGACAAUACCGAUGACAAUCCAAAAGAUAUGGAAGAUGAUGAAGUGGAUGAAGAAGAGGAGGAAAUUACUGAAAGUCAAGAAGAGGAUGGGGUUAAGGAAAAAGAAGUGGAGGUGGUUAAACCACCUCUUCAAAUGAUUGGAGUUCAAUUAUUGAAGGAUUCUCAACUUCCAACAUCAAGAAGAUCACGAAGGAGAGUCAGGCCAAUGGUUGAGGAUGAUGAUGAUGACGACUGGUUUCCAGAGGAUCUUCAAGAAGCAUUCAAAGAACUGAGAGAAAGAAGAAUUUUUGAUGUGUCCGACAUGUAUACUAUUGCAGAUGUUUGGGGAUGGACAUGGGAGCGGGAGCUGAAGGCAAAAUUUCCAGAGAGAUGGUCGCAAGAAAGAGAAGUCGAAUUAGCAAUCAAAAUUAUGCACAAGGUAAUUGAAUUGGGUGGCAAACCAACUAUUGGAGAUUGUGCCAUGAUACUGCGCGCCGCUAUAAGAGCCCCACUACCAGCUGCCUUUCUCACAAUCUUGCAAACAACACAUAGUCUCGACUAUGUAUUUGGCAGUCCUUUGUAUGAUGAAGUAAUCACACACUGUCUUGAUCUUGGAGAGCUCGAUGCUGCUGUUGCUAUCAUCGCGGAUCUGGAGACCACUGGGAUUAAAGUUCCUGAUGAAACCCUUGACAAGGUCCUUGCUGCCCAACAGGUGGAACCCAUGGGGAGUUCUGACAACCAUCUACCCUGAAUCUUUCCAAGAAUCUUUCUCUCGACAAUUCCCUUUGGUCAUUUGCCUCUGGUUGGGGCAGGAGUCAGUUGGUCAGUUGUAUUUAUACACAUGAGAGAUUUUCUGCUUUUGUAGUUUGUCACUUGCUCUAAUUUAGACUUGUCUUCAAUGAUCUUAUGAUCAGAAAAUUUUACCCUUCUGUAAUUUGUGGCUGGAAUUUAGGCUCAAUAUUCAAUGAUUUUAUGAUUGGAAUC